AUGGGCAACAACAUCUCCUAUCAGUCCUCUGAGUGCGAGGUACAACUACCCGGCUCGAAGGGAAGUAUUAAGGGUCUGCAGUACGACCAAAAAGCCCGUCGCUUUGCCAACGUCCCAUAUGCCCUGCCACCCACCGGUGAGCGACGAUGGCGCAAGCCUGAGGCAUUGCCCCAAUCGUACUCCUACUCGACCGAGGGCAAACUGUUCGAUGCGACUGCAUUUGGUCAGGUCUGUCCUCAGCCGAAUUAUUCCGCGUCGGUGAAGAAGAAGAUCCCACAGCACACGUUCGGGGAGGACUGUCUGCGUCUCAACAUCUGGACGCCCGUUCGCAAAGAAGGAGAAGCUGAUCCCAAAUGGCCGGUGAUGGUUUGGUUUCAUGGAGGAUGGUUCCAGAUUGGCGAUCCUAGUCAGGAAGAGGCGAUGAAUCCGACCGAGCUGAUCUCGACGGGCAAUCUGAAUGCUGUGUUCAUUGCUGUGGGAUAUCGUCUCAACGUUUUUGGUUUCCUGGCGGGUGAUGCCUUGCGAGACGAGAGUCAUGCAGGGGAAGUGGGUAACUACGGUCUCUGGGAUCAGCGAAUUGCCAUGGAAUGGGUCUAUGAGAAUAUCGCGGCGUUUGGUGGCGACCCAGAGAAUAUCACGCUCUCUGGACGAAGUGCUGGUGCAUAUGCGGUUCAGGCGCAGACUCUGUACGAUUUUCGAGGAGAUCUGCCGGAGUCGUCGAGAGACAACUUCCAUCGGCUGAUCAUGUACUCGAAUGCGAUUUCGACACAGCCAAAAACACCAGAGGACUGUCAGCCGCAAUUCGACGAGCUGUGCGACCAUUUCGGCAUGGCGUCCUCACUAUCGGGGUCGGAAAAGCUGGCUGCACUGCGUCAGGUCAGCGCCCAGGACAUGUGCGAUGCGAUCAUGAAAUUGAAACACCACACUUUCCGUCCGGUCACUGACGGAGUCUUCAUACACCCAGAUAUCUUCCACUACUACCGCGACGGGUCGUUUGCUCGCGAGUUCAAGCGCCGGGGACUUCGCAUCUUCAUCGGAGAGGUGUUGAACGAGGAGACGCUAUACGCCGUGACAAAUGGGCCAGAGGCUAGUCGCGAGUCCCUCGAGUUGCAAGUCUCCAAUUAUUACUCCCCGUCCACGACGUCGCGUCUGCUGCAGCAUUACCCUCUGCCCACAUCGACCGAGAAAAAGGACUGGGAGGCCGUGUUUGGACGCAUCGUGUCGGACGGUCAAGUCAGAGCUCCUUCGCGCUUUCUAGCUGACAACCUGCUGUCCAACGGCGUGGAUGCUGGAGAUGUGUGGCGGUAUUUGAUCGCGUAUCGCCUGUCGUUCAUCACGCCACAGGUGGCCCCAGAAUCGUUUGGCGUUAGCCACGCUAUGGAUCGACCAUUCUGGAAUUAUUCAAUCAUGCAUGGUCCGACUGAGGCGGAACGGCAGCUGAUGACCGACUGGAUCCGCGACUUGUCGGCUUUCGUUGAAAAUGAGCGGGGAUACGAUUACGGGACAAGGAAGGAAGAUGAAUACAAAGUGAUUACGCCUGAAGGGAAGAUACAGGUGCAGAAGGAUCAUCGGUGGGGAGAACUGCUUGGUUUGAUGGAUGUCUUUGCUGGUUGA